AUGAAAUUCGUGGGCUGGCAAAGAGGGUGGGAAUGGAGAAGUGGUCCAAGAAUAAGACCACAGCUUGCCAAAGAAAAGAUUGAAGGAUGCCAUAUUUGUACAUCUGUCACACCGGGAGAGCCUCAGGUCUUCCUAGGGAAGGAUAAGGCCUUUACUUUUGAUUAUGUGUUUGACCUUGAAUCCCAGCAAGAGCAGAUCUACUCUGAGUGUAUAGAAAAACUAAUUGAAGGUUGCUUUGAAGGCUAUAAUGCUACAGUUUUUGCUUAUGGACAAACUGGAGCUGGAAAAACAUACACAAUGGGAACAGGAUUUGAUGUUAACAUCACCGAGGAAGAACAGGGUAUUAUUUCCCGUGCUGUUAAACACCUUUUCAAAAGUAUUGAAGAAAAAAAACACACUGCAAUUAAAAACGGACUUCCUCCGCCAGAUUUUAAAGUGAAUGCCCAAUUCUUAGAGCUGUAUAAUGAAGAAGUUCUUGAUCUGUUUGAUACUACUCGUGAUAUUGAUGCAAAAAAUAAAAAGUCAAACAUAAAAAUUCAUGAAGAUUCAACUGGAGGAAUUUAUACUGUUGGCGUCACAAGCCGUAAUGUGAAUACAGAAUCAGAGAUGAUGCAGUGUUUGAAGUUGGGUGCUUUAUCCCGGACCACGGCCAGUACCCAGAUGAAUGUUCAGAGCUCUCGUUCACAUGCCAUUUUUACCAUUCACGUGUGUCAAACUAGAAUGUGUCCCCAGACAGAUGCUGAAAAUGCGACUGAUAAUAAGAUGAUUUCUGAAUCCUUGCAGAUGAAUGAAUUUGAGACCCUGACCGCAAAGUUCCAUUUUGUGGACUUGGCAGGAUCAGAAAGAUUGAAACGGACAGGAGCCACAGGCGAGCGAGCCAAAGAAGGCAUUUCCAUCAACUGCGGACUGUUGGCACUUGGCAAUGUAAUAAGUGCAUUGGGAGACAAGAGCAAAAGGGCCACCCAUGUUCCCUAUAGAGAUUCCAAGCUAACAAGACUAUUACAGGAUUCCCUCGGGGGUAAUAGCCAAACAAUCAUGAUAGCAUGUGUCAGCCCUUCAGACAGAGAUUUUAUGGAAACUUUAAACACCCUGAAAUAUGCCAACCGAGCUAGAAAUAUCAAGAACAAGGUGAUGGUCAAUCAAGACAGAGCGAGUCAGCAAAUCAACGCACUCAGGAGUGAGAUCACACGCCUUCAGAUGGAAGUCAUGGAGUACAGAACAGGUAAAAGAAUAAUUGACGAGGAGGGUGUGGAAAGCAUCAAUGACAUGUUUCAUGAAAAUGCUAUGCUGCAAACUGAAAAUAAUAAUCUGCGUGUCAGAAUCAAAGCCAUGCAAGAGACGGUUGAUGCUUUGAGGACCAGAAUCACACAGCUUGUCAGUGAUCAGGCCAAUCAAGUGCUUGCCAGAGCAGGUGAAGGGAAUGAGGAGAUCAGUAAUAUGAUUCACAGUUAUAUAAAAGAAAUUGAAGAUCUCAGGGCAAAAUUACUGGAAAGCGAAGCAGUGAAUGAAAACCUUCGAAAAAGCCUGACAAGAGCUACAGCAAGAUCGCCGUAUUUCAGUGGGUCGUCAGCUUUCUCCCCGGCUAUGCUGUCCUCAGACAGGGAGACGAUUGAGGUUAUAGAUCUAGCUAAAAAAGACUUAGAGAAGCUAAAAAGGAAAGAAAAGAAGAAGAAGAAAAGGCUACAGAAACUUGAGGAAAGCAAUCGAGAAGAAAGAAGUGGGACCGGGAAAGAGGAUCAUACUGACACUGAUCAAGAGAAGAAAGAAGAAAAAGGCAUUUCAGAAAGAGGAGACAAUGAACUAGAAGUGGAAGAAAGUCAAGAAGUAAGCGAUCAUGAGGAGGAGGAUGAGGAGGAGGAGGAGGAGGAAGAUGAUAUUGAAGGGGGUGAAAGCUCUGAUGAAUCAGAUUCUGAAUCAGAUGAAAAAGCCAAUUAUCAAGCGGACUUAGCAAACAUUACUUGUGAAAUUGCAAUCAAGCAAAAGCUGAUCGAUGAACUAGAAAACAGCCAGAAGAGACUGCAGACGCUGAAAAAGCAGUAUGAAGAGAAGCUAAUGAUGCUGCAACAUAAAAUUAGGGACACUCAGCUUGAAAGAGACCAGGUGCUUCAAAACUUAGGCUCCGUGGAAUCUUACUCAGAAGAAAAAGCAAAAAAAGUUAAGUCUGAAUAUGAAAAGAAGCUUCAAGCCAUGAAUAAAGAACUGCAGAGACUUCAGACUGCCCAAAAAGAGCACGCAAGGUUGCUGAAAAACCAGUCCCAAUAUGAGAAGCAAUUGAAAAAAUUACAGCAGGAUGUGAUGGAAAUGAAAAAGACAAAGGUUCGCCUCAUGAAACAGAUGAAGGAAGAACAAGAGAAGGCGAGAUUGACAGAGUCUAGAAGAAACAGAGAGAUUGCUCAGUUGAAAAAGGAUCAACGUAAGAGAGAUCAUCAACUUAGACUUCUGGAAGCCCAAAAAAGAAACCAAGAAGUGGUUCUUCGUCGCAAAACGGAAGAGGUUACCGCUCUUCGUCGGCAAGUCAGGCCCAUGUCCGAUAAAGUGGCUGGGAAAGUCACGCGGAAGCUGAGCUCCUCCGAUUCUCCUGUUCAAGACACAGGUUCCAGUGCAGCUGCCACAGAAACAGAUGCAGCCAGGGCAGCAGCCCAACAGAAAAUGAAAAUCCCUGUGGCAAGAGUCCAAGCCUUGCCACCAGCCACAACCAACGGAACCAGAAAAAAGUAUCAGAGGAAAGCGUUGACUGGCCGAGUGUUUACUUCCAAGACGGCUCGCAUGAAGUGGCAGCUUCUUGAACGUAGGGUCACAGACAUCAUCAUGCAAAAAAUGACUAUUUCCAAUAUGGAGGCGGAUAUGAAUAGACUUCUAAAGCAACGGGAAGAACUCACAAAAAGGCGAGAGAAGCUUUCAAGAAGAAGGGAAAAGAUCGUGAAGGAGAACGGAGAGGGAGACAAGAACGUGGCUAACAUCAAUGAGGAGAUGGAGUCACUAACUGCUAACAUAGAUUACAUUAAUGACAGUAUUUCUGAUUGUCAAGCCAACAUCAUGCAGAUGGAAGAAGCAAAGGAAGAAGGCGAGACGCUGGAUGUCACUGCCGUCAUCAACGCCUGCACACUCACAGAAGCCCGCUACCUGCUCGAUCACUUCCUGUCCAUGGGUAUCAAUAAGGGUCUUCAGGCUGCCCAGAAAGAGGCUCAAAUUAAAGUCCUUGAAGGUCGUCUUAAACAAACUGAAAUAACCAGUGCUACACAAAACCAGCUUUUAUUUCAUAUGCUGAAAGAGAAAGCAGAAUUAAAUCCUGAGCUAGAUGCUUUACUAGGCCAUGCUUUACAAGAUCUAGAUAGCGUACCUUUAGAAAAUCUAGAGGACAGUACUGAUGAGGAUGCACCUCUAAACAGCCCCGGAUCAGAAGGAAGCAUGCUGUCUUCCGACCUGAUGAAGCUUUGUGGUGAAGUGAAACCUAAGAACAAGGCCCGGAGAAGAACCACCACUCAAAUGGAAUUGCUGUAUGCAGAUAGCAGUGAACUAGCUUCAGACACUAGUACAGGAGAUGCCUCCUUGCCUGUCCCUCUUACACCUGUUGCAGAAGGGCGAGAGACUGCAGCGAAUACAGAGACAAGUGGUACUUCUGCUAGGGAAAAAGAGCUCCUGCCCCCAUCUGGCUUACCUUCUAAGAUAGGCAGCAUUUCCAGACAGCCAUCUCUGUCAGAAAAAAGAAUACCAGAGUCUUCCCCUGUAUCAAGGAGAAAGGCAUAUGAGAAAGCAGAAAAAUCAAAGACCAAGGAACAAAAACACUCAGAUUCCGGAACCUCAGAGGCUAGUCUUUCACCUCCUUCUUCCCCAUCAAGCCGGCCCCGUAAUGAAUUGAAUGUUUUUAACCGCCUUACAGUUUCUCAGGGAAACACAUCAGUUCAGCAGGAUAAGUCUGAUGAAAGUGACUCCUCUCUGUCGGAGGUACACAGAUCCUCCAGAAGAGGCAUAAUCAACCCAUUUCCUGCUUCCAAAGGGAUCAGAGCUUCUCCACUUCAGUGCAGUCACAUAGCUGAAGGACACACGAAGGCCGUGCUCUGUGUGGAUUCUACCGAUGACCUUCUCUUCACCGGAUCAAAAGAUCGAACUUGUAAAGUAUGGAAUCUAGUGACUGGGCAGGAGAUAAUGUCACUGGGAGGUCAUCCAAACAAUGUCGUCUCUGUAAAAUACUGUAAUUAUACAAGUUUGGUCUUCACAGUCUCAACAUCUUACAUUAAGGUGUGGGAUAUCAGAGAUUCCGCAAAAUGCAUUCGAACACUGACGUCUUCAGGGCAAGUUACUCUUGGGGAUGCUUGUUCUGCAAGUACCAAUCGGACUGUAGCUAUCCCUUCUGGAGAGAACCAGGUCAAUCAAAUUGCACUAAACCCUACUGGCACCUUCCUCUACGCAGCCUCUGGAAAUGCUGUCAGAAUGUGGGAUCUUAAAAGGUUUCAGUCUACAGGAAAGUUAACAGGACAUCUAGGCCCUGUCAUGUGUCUUACUGUAGAUCAGAUUUCCAGUGGUCAAGAUCUAAUCAUUACUGGUUCCAAGGAUCAUUACAUCAAAAUGUUUGAUGUAACUGAAGGGGCUCUUGGAACUGUGAGUCCUACCCACAAUUUCGAACCCCCUCAUUAUGAUGGCAUCGAAGCACUAACUAUUCAAGGGGAUAAUCUCUUUAGUGGAUCCAGAGAUAAUGGAAUCAAGAAAUGGGACUUAACUCAAAAGGACCUUCUUCAGCAAGUUCCCAAUGCGCACAAGGACUGGAUCUGCGCCCUGGGGGUGGUGCCAGGCCACCCGGCCCUGCUCAGUGGCUGCAGGGGAGGCAUUUUGAAGCUCUGGAACGUGGAGACUUUCGUGCCGGCUGGAGAGAUGAAGGGUCACGACAGCCCUAUCAAUGCCAUCUGUGUUAAUUCCACCCACAUUUUCACUGCAGCUGAUGAUCGGACUGUGAGAAUCUGGAGAGCUCGGACUGUGCAGGAUGGCCAGAUCUCUGACACCGGAGAUCCGGGGGAAGACGUCGCCAGUAAUUAGACAGCAAUGAAGGUGGUCAUGAAGUGAGACUGUGACAGUAUUCUGUAUACCCAUUGUGAAAAAUAUUGUCCUGUAUUUAUUAGGCAAAAACUUAAGAACGGGAUUAACUGGAAACUAUAUCUGCAUCCAACUGCUGAGUAUAAAUGGUAUUCUAAUGAAAUUGUACCUAUGCUGUGUGCUUAAUUUUAAUAUCUACUGAUGCAUAUAUAACCUACACGUGAUACCCUGCUUGAGUCAUAUGUUUGUUGAUGCUAGAAUCUUGAGCCUAGCUAUAAAAGCAAAAAAAAACCCCAAAAACCACACUUUCCAAUGAUUUAAAUGACACAAUGUCUACUCUUGUGACAGAAAAUACAUCUGGAAGACAAUGUGUAACCCACUGUUUACUCAUUUGUGUCACCUGCUCAGAUGAUAGAUGGAUUUAUAUUUAUAUUGGGCAAGUAAAUCAAAUUGUACUCUACUUGUCUACCAUUUAAAUCUAUCUACAAAAGGUUCCCCAAACUCUUUUACUGUAACGGGGGCGGGGAGGAAAGUGAGAAUAUUACUGGUGGUUUUUUUCCCAUAUAAUGGAAUUGAACCUAACCUACUAAGGAAAAAAAUGUUUAUCUUACUGUUGGCAUUGACUUGUAUUGACCAAAGUUUUGUGCUCUAUUCUGUGCUCAGGACUAAACUGCUGUUAAAUUGUUGUUUUAUUAGUGCUGUGCAUCAUUCUGUGAUAGCAAACAAUUUUGAUGUCCUAACAGAAAUAUAUUUUGAUCUAUUUUCCUAAGGAGUUGUUUCUAUUAUUACCUUUUAAUUUCAUUUUUAUUUAAUGGUAGCAUUUGCUUCCCUUUCUAAGUUUUUUUGAUAUGCUGCUAAAUAUAUUUUAAAUAUACUGUGUUGUAAACCUUGGUAGCUAUGAUGAGCAUUGUAUCAUCUGACGUUGGAGAAGCUAUGUAAAUAGGGAGAUUGUAAAGAGAAAACCGUACAUUGUGCCUGUAUGAAUUUUUAAAUGCUGUAGGUUGGAGUUUUGCAAAAGAUGUAUAAUUUAUCCAUCCGCUGAGCAUAUUAAUUUGUAAAUCCUGAAAAUUUAAUUUUUAUGUGGAUGGGUUAACAUGGAAAAUAUUGUCUGAUGUAUUUCCCCCCUUGACAGUACUCGCUUGUAAAUGAAAACUUAGGUAGAGCCUCAAUAAACAUGUUGCCAGAAAAUA